CCAGGCUGACUCUGCUCCUUUCCAGCCAGAGCCACUGCCUUGCCCCCAGGAGACCGAAGACAUGGCACCCAAGAAGGCCAGGAGAAGGGCGGCAGCAGAGGGCGGAAGCUCCAGUGUCUUCUCCAUGUUUGACCAGACUCAGAUCCAAGAGUUCAAGGAGGCCUUCACGGUAAUUGACCAGAACCGUGAUGGCAUUAUCGACAAGGAAGAUCUGCGGGACACCUUCGCAGCCAUGGGGCGCCUCAAUGUGAAGAAUGAGGAGCUAGAUGCCAUGAUGAAGGAAGCCAGUGGUCCCAUCAACUUCACCGUCUUCCUGACCAUGUUUGGAGAGAAGCUUAAAGGUGCUGAUCCUGAGGACGUGAUCACUGGAGCCUUCAAGGUCCUGGAUCAUGAGGGGAAGGGCACCAUCAAGAAGCAGUUCCUGGAGGAGCUGCUUACCACGCAGUGCGACCGCUUCUCCCCGGAAGAGAUCAGGAACAUGUGGGCAGCGUUCCCCCCAGACGUGGGAGGCAAUGUAGACUACAAGAACAUCUGCUACGUCAUCACGCAUGGCGACGCCAAGGACCAGGAGUAGGGGACCCUCUUAGGCUUCUGCUGGCCAAUGCCUCCUGCCAGUCCGACCCCCCACCCCGACUCCUAAUAAAACUCAACUGGUCUUUGUUUAUUA